UAACUGAUAUUUUUUCACUUUUCCGUGUGAUAUAUCCGUCCGUAGCCUAGGAAACGGGUGUAGCUACAACAACAUACCUUGUGUUACAUAAAAACUUUAUAUUCCACCAAUCUCCUGUUAAUUGUAAAUUAAUUAUUCUUUAUUAAAAAGGAUAGUUAACGCUUGUUUGUAAAAACGUCUUUAUCGGUGGCAAACAUAUUGCCAUAAUAGUAUGGCUAGCAGGUUUUGAUUGCGCGGGCGACGAGGUGCUUGUGGAGUCUUCGCCGCCCGCCUCUCCCGUCAUGGCGGCACAACUGGCACAACCCACACAGGGCACCAGCAGUAGUACAUCGCCGAGUGCCGUCCGGGAAUUAAUUGUGAUACCAGAGAUUAGCAACGGGAUUAAUUUGCAACAUGCAAUACAACAGGUGUCUACAUCCGGUGUGGAAGUGAACGGUGACAGUUCGGGACAAUCGAGCCCUAAUAACGAGACCCAACACACUUAUAUCGUAGCGAACAAUGUGAAAGAGGAGCCCAGUGAAGACUUCAGCGGUGAAAGCUACGAUGAAUGCGAAGGAGGAAAUGGCGUGAACUAUCACGUACAAUAUGUGGAGCCGCAAGAGAUAUACGCACAGGGAUCGCAGCCGCAUAUGGAGACACUCCGAGCAUAUCCAGUAUUCGGAGUGGCGAAUGUCGAGACUGUGGGCGAAGGGAGCGCUGAUAAUGAAUGGGCGGGCGAAUUCUCGUUCACGGACAGCGCGGGAACCUCUGGCUCGAGCAAUGAGCAGCCCGCGUCUCCUGCCCCACCUGCCCGAAUGCCGCCCGCCACUGUGCAGUGGCUGCUCGAUCACUACGAGACGGCUGAAGGCGUGUCUCUGCCCCGUUCGACUCUUUACGCGCAUUACUUGCGGCAUUGUACCACACAUCGCCUGGAGCCAGUGAACGCGGCGUCGUUCGGCAAACUCAUACGUUCGGUGUUCGUUGGGCUGCGUACGCGCAGGCUGGGAACCCGUGGGAAUUCGAAGUACCAUUACUAUGGGAUACGGGCUAAGCCCACUGCGCCGAGGGACUCUCCUACGUUCCCUAAUAAGUUGGAUAUGGAUGAACAGCAUGAGGAUGUGCGUCGUGAAGAUCAAGGCCCGGUGGGCAUAAGCGGAUCAGCUCAUCGCCAGUACUUGGGAGCCGUGAUCCCGCCGGACCCACCAGACAUCUUCAUCGACGAUCUGCCUGAUGAUGUGCCGCUCAAUGCAGCACAGCUUUUGCAGAUUCAUCAUCGAGAGCAUGGCAUAGAGUUCCUAGAAGCCGUCGCGGCGUUGGACACGUCCGCCGUAGAGCGCGCUCGACGCAAUUUCUGGAAGCGUCCGCCGGGCGAACUUUGCCGACGUGCUCUAUACAAAUUGACCGCGCGAAGGGAUGUCGCUGUGUGGCUGAGGAAGGCCGAGUUGCAGUUGUACCAGAGGGCUGUGGAUCUGCUGUUGCCGGAUGUGUUGCGGCCUAUACCGUCGCAGUUGACUCAGGCGAUCCGUAACUUCGCUAAAAGCCUGGAAGGGGCUCUGGCGGGUGGGGGCAGUGGGGCCCCGCCCUUGGCCCAACGGGCCCAGAGCUCAGCAGCGGCAGCCUUGGCCGGGGCUCUGAGGCGGUACACUUCGCUUAACCACCUGGCGCAGGCCGCCAGGGCAGUGCUUACCAAUCAGCAUCAGAUACAGCAGAUGGUGUCAGAUCUGAGUCGCGUUGACUUCCGUGUGGUCCGUGAGCAGGCGGGCUGGGCCUGCGCUUGCGGCUCUACUCCCGCAGCUCACAAGCUGGAAGCUGAUUUUAAGGCAACAUUGGGCCGCGGCGCGACACUAGAGCAAUGGGCGUCGUGGCUCGAGGCGUGCGUCCGCGACGCCUUAGCGCCGCACGUGGGACGUCCGGACUACACGCCGCGCGCGAGGCGACUGCUGCUCGACUGGUCGUUUUACUCCUCGCUCGUUAUACGCGAGUUGACGUUGAGGUUCACAGACGACGGUGUUGUUCGCAGAUCGGCAGCGUCUUUUGGCUCUUUCCACCUGAUCCGUCUGCUCUACGACGAGUACGUGGCAUUCCUCAUCGAGAAACGGGUGGCGACUCAUCGCGGGGAGCCGCCUAUCGCGGUUAUGCAGCGGGCUUCGGACGACGACGAUGAGUUGCCCGAAGAGGUGUCCCGCGAGGAGGAGCUGGAGGGGGAAGGGGAGUGGGAGUGGGGGGAGGAAGAGGAGGACGAAGAGGACGAGGGGGAGCCCAAGAGGGCGCGUCUCGAUGAAUAGCUAGGAUUUCCCGAUUUUCUUUGCUUGCCCUUUUUGUGAGCGAUAUGUGUAUUUGUGCAAUUUUAAGUAAGAACACAAAAAUUAUUUAAAAUUAUAUAAAUGUCAAUGUUCUUUAAGCAUUUCGAUUUACAAUUCACAGAAGUGACUGCUUUUAGAUGGACAUAUUUCUGCGUUUGAACCUUUUUAACUAAGGUUCUUAAUAUUAUUAAAAGGAAUUUUAAAAAGGCAUGGUAAUACCAAGUUUUUACGAUGUUGUGACACAAAUAAAACACUUGGUAGAUUCUUUUAGCCAAAAGAUAAAAAAAAAAUGUACAUUUGUGUCCGUCAUACGAUGGCUUCACAAAUAUACAUGUAUUUAAUACUUUUAUUGUUUGUGGGUAGUUAUAAAAUAUAAGAGUUCUAGUCGUCUACCUUCGCAGGUUUUGUAUAAAUUGUAUGUGUACGGGUAAGUAACUGCAAAAUUUGACUAAAAUAAGUUCACUAUACGUAAAUAUAUGAAUAUGUGUGUUUAGAUUUAUAUUAUUCGCUACUAGUAAUCUAUUAAUGGGAAUGGAAGGUUAAUCUUGGUACCGCAAGUGUUAUGUGCUGAAAUUAUAAACUGAGUAACAAGUAUACAGUGAGUCACGAAUAUAAAGUGAAACACAAGGUAUAAAGUGAGACACAAGUAUAAUUUGGGACACAAGUAUAAAGUGAGUCACGAUUGUAAAGUUAGCCACCACAAUACAGCGGGACAGGAGUAUAAUUUGGGGCACGAGUACAAAGUUUGUCGCAAGUAUAAUGUGGAACACAAUUUUAAAGUGACACACGAGAAUAAAGUGAGACAAAAGAAGAAAGAGUGCUGCAAGUAUAAAUCGAAUUUUUGGUAUAUUUAUGUACGUAACGCAUCUAUAAAGCGGACCGUAGGUAUAAGAAGUACCAUGUGAUUUUUAAAUUAUUGUUUGAAGAAUACACGGAAUUCACACCCUUCCAAUCUCAUUUAUAUAUUCCAAUUAAGGUUUAUGGGAUCAGUAGCGAAUAAUUCUGAGAUAUUAUUUUGUCAAAAAUAUAACUAAAUAUAUUUGUGAACACCGGUCAUGGCAUUUAUUUUAUGAACCAAAGAUUACACAAUGGCACAAGGUAUAUGUAGUUUUGUGUAUUUUAUGGUAUAGGUUACGCCCGGUUCCUAUAUCGUACCAAUCGUCAUUGCUACGAAUAGAUUUAUUUUCACAUUUGAAGGUAUAUUUUCUAGAGAACUAUAUAAUAUUGUCUACCAUUUGUUAAAUGGAGACAGUGUUGCAUAGCCGGUCAUAUCUACCCGUAGCAAUUACGUCUCGUAUUUUGAAUAUGGAAACCAGGUGUAAGUGUAUUCGUCUAACUAUACUUAGUUGACUUAAUGACUUUAUUUAAAGUAUAUUUGCAAAUUUUUUGUUGUAAUUCUGCAAUCAAAUGGCGAACAUUUUAAACGGUUUAGUUAAAGCCUGGGCUGAUAAUUAACAGCUAAUUAAGGUUGUUGGCUGCGACGUAUAUAAAGUAUGUAGACUAAAGGGAACUUCAUAACUUGUAUAUGAUGAGAAUUCAGAGAUAACUAUACAAUUUACCUAUUGAACCGCGGUACAAGUUGUUUGACUGCAACUUCUUAAAUGUAGCCACUGAGACCUUCGAGCCAGUCACUGGCUAGAUGUUGUCGAAGGAGUUCCUUUCUCCAAAUAUGUUUGGAGUCAUUAAAGAUAUGUGAAAAACAUUAGGUUUUUUGCUGAAGUCAUUGAGUCAAAGGAAAUAGAAUAAGAGAAAUAGUUUAAAAAUAUAUAUAAAUAAUUUAAAAAUACGUAUUAUUUAUUCGUAUAUUAAUCGAGUCAAUGUUUAGUAUGUUUACUAUGUCGAUACAUGUACUUAGUCAUAGAUUAAGACUAUGUUAUAAAUUAUAUGUCUUAAGCACAAUUUCAGCGCAUUAAAUAUGUAAUAAGUUCAGAAAAUUAGCCGUGCAAAACGCCCUAUGUUUCUGUAAAAUAAAACUCAUGACGAAAUGGUAUAUUUUUGUACACAAUAGCCUUUGUUGUUGCCUUACACGAUACCUCUGAUGCGUUGAAUUGACGGUUGUGUUUGAAGCAAAUAAAGUUGUGAAUUUGCCUCUUAAGAAAUUUGUAUACGUAGUGUAGUCGCCUGUCCAAUACACGUUUAAAAUAAGCCUUAUUUCUGUGCAUUUAUGAUGACAAUAUUUAGAUGCCACCCGGAUUCCCGGUGCCUAUAGUCGGUAAAACGUUGAUUUUUCGAUUUCAAUGAGAUUUAUUUUUGCAUUGUCUUGCACUAUGUGUAGUAAGUGUUGUGUAAGUGGACUUGUAUUGGUAAGUUCAUGAUGGGCGUAAAGUGUGUUAUGGAUACGAAAUUCAUAGAACUUCGAAUUUAGACGUCGAAAACACACUUUACGUGUAUUGUUAAGUGUUAGUGUAACAUGUGGGUGCAACUUGAUAUUUGCCGAAGAAUAAUUAUUACUAACUACUCUGUUUGAAAAUCUCUAACUGAUAUGAUGCUUAUAUCCUGCUCUAUUCUCCGUUUGUCUUGGACAUUGGGUUAAGUUAUAAUAAUCCACCCCACUUCUGCCAUCACUUCUCCUACCUUCACUUCUCCUACCUUAACGAGUUUUAUUCUGAAAAUAUGGCCAAAGUAGCUAAGCACUCGUUUGUAAGCUAUUAUGAUAGUUGACAGUCUUGUGGUGAUCUUUAGUUGGGCAUGGAAGUGUGGGUUUUUUCGCCCGUGGCAUCUGCAAUAAGCUCCUCCAACACCGUAUCUAAAAUUCUAUAUUCGGUCACGAUCACGUUCUGUUUUGACAUAUUCUGGUCAGUUUGCUCAUAGAUUCCCUAUCACAUCCCUUUUCGCUUAUUCGUGAUCCCAAAUACAUAAACAAAAAGGUUAUGUGUUUGUAUGUUUGAUCCGGCACUUCUACAGGACGUGAGAGGAUUCCAGCCCGAUUGACUAUUUAGCUAAAUCCCAUUCUGAGGAGGAACAUAACGUCGUGUCUUCCGAGUAUCGGAUGCUUGCUGAUAUUGUUGCGUCCAACCGUCUUCAUCCCAUUCUUUCAGCGCCACCUUCAGUAUUCGGUAUAAAAAUUAAACCCAAGGGAACUGAAAGUCGCGAUCUCUAGUUGGCUUAGUCUUACCGCAUUACUUAUUGACUCUCCCUUCUCGUCAAUCAAAUUUGUGCCACAAAGUCUGACAACCAUCUCUAUCAAUUGUACCACCUUGACAUUUUGUACCAUAUUCGUGCAAUGAAUAAAUUAUUAUUAUUAUUAUUAUUAUCUCCAUAAGCUAUUCCACCUUACGCAGAAUGCCUUGGAAUAAUCUUUUUGUAUGUGUUUAACGUUUCCAAAUAAUUGUUGGGUUUAGAAUAAUUUAAAGAAAAAACUGUUGUGUUAAGGUGUAGUAAAUUUUAUUUCCUCAUUAUUUCAAAUUAUGCAAAUCUCAAGUUGGAAACACAAGAAGUAAGAGCUUAUAUUAUAUUGAGAUGUCUAAGUAUUAAAGCAACGAAUUGAGCUGCGUUUCUCCGUCAGAAAGUAUCUUGUUGAUCCUUAUUUUCCUGAAUUUAAGGGUCGUUAUUGUACGUCAGUUUGGUCUUUCAAGACAUAGAAACGCAGUUAAAAGGGUAUAACCAAUAGUUGCUUAGUAUAAUCUAUGGAAGUCGAUGUUUGUCUACAGACCGUAUGUAUGUCGGAAAUAAAGCUAGUCAUGUGUUUAAA